AUGACAGAUACCUCCUCCCUCGCCAUCACGCACGCCACCACGGAUCCGUAUCCGGUCCCCGCUCCUCCGGGCUCUCCCAUCGCUAAUGGCGCGAUUUCUGACUCGGUCGCUCCUGACGAGGAAGAACCGUACACCAUCAAAUGCAUCUGCUCCUUUGAUGAAGAUGAUGGAAGUACGGUAUUCUGCGAAGGGUGUGAGACGUGGCAGCAUAUCAUCUGCUACUAUCCGGACAAGCGGGUACCGGACGUGCACAACUGUGUCGACUGUGAACCUCGCGUUCUCGACGGUCGCCGUGCCACGGAGCGUCAGCGUCAACGACGAAACAAAGAGCAGAGCGAGGGCGGCGACCGGAAAAAGCGUCCAGGCUCCAAAACACAGAGGAAGAAGGGUAAAGAUGCGAAGCGAAUCAGGGGCCCGCGACCAGCCCCCGCCAAGAAGGCCAAGGUUUCGCACCGCUCGUCUGCAUCCAUCAGUGUCAUCCCAGGCGCCCCAACCAUCCUUCCUGAAUCUCGCAAAAGGCGAUCCUCCACUUCCGUUGCUCCGAGUCCUACCAAAACCUUCGCCCCCUUCAUUCCUUUGUAUUCGAACGAAUUCCUCCACCUCUAUGAUCAUGAUGACGAACACGAAGACCGGAAUAGUAAUCUGUUUGUGAAUGUGAGCCUGGUCGGCGACAUGGCAUCGUGGGUGAAGGAUCCGGAUGCUUUGGCGCAACUCUCCAAUCAUCGUCCAACGGCGGAUACUUUCAACAUGUCCGAUGCACCUCUCGACCGAUCACAAUGGCCUACCUUGACGACCGAUACAAUCACAGACCCCACUAUCGACAUCGGUGGCCGCAGUCCGAUGUGGAAGAUUGUAAAGACCCAAGAUGCGGUACAGAAGGAUGCAAUCCUUGGAGAACUCACCGGCAAGGUGGGCAUGUUUGACGAGUAUUGCCUUGAUCCGAACAAUCGAUGGCAAGAGUUGCGCCACCCAGAACCCUUUGUUUUCUUCAGUUCUCACCUUCCUCUCUACAUCGACAGCCGACACGAAGGCAGUGUCCUCCGCUACACUCGUCGAUCAUGUCGUCCCAACGUUACGAUGAAGAUUUACAUUACCAAUGACGUCGAGUAUCACUUUUGCUUUGUCGCGAAGGAUUACAUCCCGCCCAACUCUGAGAUCACCAUAAUGUGGUAUCUGGAUGCCCCUUUGUUUGAAGGGUUCAAUGGUCUUGUCAAGCAGGAAUCUGAUGACAGUGCCACAGAACCAGCUUCCACAUGUCUCAGUAAUACCCUCGCAAAUAUCGGUGGAUGCGCAUGCGGAAACGCGCAGGGUUGUCUGCUCGCAAAAAUUGAUCGUCGUCAACACCCGAAGCCAUCAGACUCUGGUGCGAAGCAGCCCAACGGCAAGCGGAAGAAAGCGAAGACCAAAUCUACGGCGUCUCCACAAGAAACUGGCCCUGCUUCCCUUAGUCGGGCUGGUAGCGAGACAACCAAGCAUCCUGAAGACGACGAUGCGGCUGCCGAUAGUCGCUCCACGUCUGGCUCGGCGCGAGGACAACCCCAAAGUCGUGACAUGAGCCCAUCCGCCUCUCAUCUUCAUGAAUUGUCUAGUCGAGAGCGGCGUAAGAUCGCAGAUGCCGAAAAGAUGUUCCAACAAUUGGAAAACGGCCAGCGCCCCACGGCUCAGAAGAAGAAGAAGCGUACGAGUGGCGGCACAUCAGUACACUCACCCGCUGCUGUUUCUUCAACCUCCACGCAAGUCGGGUACGCCAGCUCGCAGAAAGCAGCCAAGGGUCUUCAUCUCAAGACCGGGAGCGAAUCCCGCUCCCCGACAGCAGCCCUUUCGCCAGGUACCAUGUCGGUCGGCCGCUCUGACUCGCCGCACAAGGUGUCAGGCCCCAAUACGCCAACACAGGCUACCCACCGCCCGACGUAUGUCGAUGCGGCAGUCCACGUUGACAUGGAUGAGUCUGAAGAGCCUUCGGCCUCGGGGCCUUCACCCCCGCGUCAACGCUUUGCCUAUACGCCCAUGAACGUCCGGCUUUUGAAACGAUUCAGUAUGGAUCGACUCCGGGCUCAGGAAACCGCCCGCCAACAGUUAUCUUCUGCCGGUUCCGAUAGUGUGGGCUUCGCUUCCUCGCCCUCUGUCCCUCUGUCUCCUGCUUUCAUCCGAUCCCCAGUCGUGGCCCAAGACAAGGUUCCUGUGCAGGUGUUCAAUUCAGACCCAUCUCAGCCAUCAGACGCACCACCCUCAUUGGGAGAUGUCGAGAUGCAGGAUGUUUCCGCAGCUCUGGAACCAGAAUCGCCUUCCGUCGGUCGAGACCUCAGCAGGCCCAUAAUCCCUCCCCCGUGGCCGUCUACCGCUGCUCACAAUACGCGCAUCCCCGGGUCUUUUUUGGCAGAACAAGGAAGUCUUCGAAUUUCGAUGCCUCCACCAAGCGCCCCAGUGAUUCCUUCUAUGGUCAGCCCUGGCUCUACUUCCAGCCCAGGUCUCAUUUCGCUUAGCGCUUCAGACUCUACAUCUCCACAAACCAGUACGCAACUGCCCAGCUUCAGUGUACCGACUCCGACCCCUGCGAAGAAAAAGCUCAGUCUCGGUGAUUAUCUCAUUCAAAAACGCACGAUGGCGACACCUACCUCGGAAAAAUCCCAGGCACAGUCCGUCGCCUUGUCCACUCCGCAGCAAUCACCGACCACGCCUGAAUCAGGACCCACAAUCAAUGCAGAUGGCAUGCAGAUCCCAACCAAGGCAUCUCCUGACCGCAAGAUUGAGCCAUUGGAGUCACCAGAUGUAAAGAUGAAGGAUGCGCCCGAAUCAAGCCAUCCACACAUCCCCUCCAUAUCUUCGUGA